AUGGCAACCGUUAAGUACGGCACGAAUAUGAUUGAAAUCGCCAUGCAAAACACCGACAUAGAGGAGAUGAAGCCACUCGAUCCUUCAUCAAACCCACUCUUCAGCGAGCAUGUCUAUCUGGGAAAAGGCGUUAUUCGCAUCGAACACGUGCGCAUAUUAUCCACCAGAAUAAGGAUUCCUCGUGCUCCACCAAUCAGAGAUAUACGAACCACUGUUCGUAAUAUGGCAGCCGUCGACAAGAACAAGGAAGAUGAAAAAUCUCUGCUCUCUAGUUCA